GUUCGGUAAUAAGUCUCGCUUCCACUCUCUCUCUCUCUCUCUCUCUCUCUCUUUCUCCAUCUCCUUCCAUUGUUCUUCCCCUUCUCUCUCUCUCUCUCUCUCUCUCUCGUUCUUCAAAGUUUUCUCCUUUUCAUCUCAAUUAUUCUCUGUAUCCUGUAACAAUCUGAGGAAAUGGAUUCCAAUUCAUGGAUUAAUUGUCCCUCAGUUUUCUCAUCCUCGUCUUCAUCUCGACGGUGUCAAUCUCGAUCAGAUUUGUAUAUAGGGGGAGGGUACGAGGAUCUUGAAGGAGAAGACGAUUUGAAGUCGGAGUUUAUCUGCCCUUUUUGCGCGGAGGUCUUUGACAUUGUCGGGCUCUGUUGUCACAUUGACGAAGAGCAUCCUGUUGAGGUCAAGAACGGGGUCUGUCCUGUAUGCACAAAGAGGGUGGGGUUAGAUAUCGUUGGCCACAUCACUACGCAACAUGCAAACUUUUUCAAGGUGCAGCGAAGGAGAAGGUUGAGAAAAGGAGGAUACAGCUCAGCUUAUCUCGCCUUAAAGAAAGAACUCCGAGAAGCAAACUUACAGUCACUUCUCGGUGGAUCUUCUUCAAGUUUCACUUCCUCAACCAAUAUAGAUUCUGAUCCGUUGCUGUCAUCCUUUAUGUUUAGUUCUCCUCCAAGCAAAUCUGUUGUAGAAGGAACCUCAGCUACAAAAGCCUCGCAUAAGGCAUCUCUCAAAAAAGACAUUCAAGAAGAAGCUCCACUUUCAGGUGAAGAUCAAGAGAAGGCGAAGAAGAGCGAGUUUGUGCGAGGUUUGUUCUUGUCCACCAUGCUUGGAGAUGAUUACUAGAGCGGUUGAAAAUUGUUAGAGUGGUCUCUCAAUGUAUGAUGGAGAAAGGCUUGCAAGAUAAGGGGAUGCAGAGUUUAAUCCAUAUCUUACUGUCAUUGUACGUUGAAACCUUGGUUGUGCAUACUUUCUUUUCGUUGAGACGUUCAUAGAUUCUAAUUAAAAAAAACGUUUAAUAC